AUGGAGUCGGACGUGAGCAUCGAAACCAGCUCCAUGAUCCACGUGGAGGUCCUCCCCAUCGGCCACGUCCCCCGGUCGAUCCACUCUCCGCCGUCAGCUCCAUCUACACCGAGCACCAGAAGUCGCCCUUCGCUCACCAGCCCUGGGACUCCGGCAGCCUCAACUUCUAGUUCGUCCUCGGAGGCGCCCCUCCCAGCCCCUGGGAGGACUUCCAGUCCAACCGCAAAACCCUCGCCAUCAUCGGAAUCUGCCACUGCCCUUCCUCCCCAGAUCUCGACUCCGUCAUGGAUCAAUUCGAUUCCACCUGUAGAGCCUACCCUGUCGCCCACAUCGAACUCUGCUGUGCCUUCUGCCCCGCCGAUUCUCAGGUGUGCUGGUUUGGAGGAGCAAACCAAUAGUUGA